UUAUUAAUAUGUAUUAAUUAAAACUAAAAAAAUUGUAAUUUAUAUUAUUUUUAUAUUUAUUUAAAAUAACGAAAUUUUUUAACUAAAUUUUAAGUGAAAAAUAAAUUAGAAAUAUCGAGAAGCUAUUGUGAAGUGAAAAUUAGGUUUUAUAAUUAGGUUAUAAUUUUAUAAUUAAAGUGUUUUUUGGUAUUUGUUUUGUUUAACAAGAAAAAUAAAAAAUAAUUGGUGUGUAAAAUUGAAUUUUCAAAUCCAAAUGUGUUCGUCCAAGAGGAUUAAUAUACCUUCUAUUACGAUCCUCGAGAAUGAUGAGGUCAAUGAAAAGCGGGAAAUUUCGCAGCAGGAUAAGCGCAAUAAUUUUUAUAUUUUUGAUUUCUAUCGAGCCAUUACAUGGUCAGGGUUUUAUGUUUAACAAUCAACUGGCAAUUAUUGCAAACGAUUGUUAUACAAGAGUUGCAAUUGGUUCUCGAUUACCGGAAGCUAAUACCACUACUAUUCCGGCAACAACUGUUUCUGAUUGUGAAGAUGCCUGUUCAAAUAAUAGAACUGUAUGCAAAGCCAUCAGUUUUGGAAUUGGAGUGAGAGGAAACGCAACUUGCCUACUGGGUAACGAUGUUCCAAAUUCAAGUAUUCUACUAUCAGAUGAAGACUAUGAUGUCUAUGUCAGAACACAAAGAACACCAUUUUGCGAAGCUGAUCGCCUAUUCAGUCUUGGCAAUGGUGGAAAUAUGCAAAUGUCCAAUAUAACAACAACAACAGUAAUGCCGGGUAUAAAUUUUAUGAACAAUCCACUUCCAUCGCAACCCAGUGGAAUGUUUCAAUCGACAAGACCCAAUGGAUCAAGACGUACCGGAAGUACAAUUAAUCAAAAAUGGUUCCCCACUAAUGAUGACGAUUUUCGAUCUUACGACAUCGAACGAAAUAAAAAUCAAAAGGAUUCCCACGAUAAAACGCCGACUCAACAUCAUGACAAUAAUAAUUACAAUUUUCAUCAAUUUGACAAUUCAAAUGAAAAAGUACCAUCUUUUUUCGAUAAAUUCGAAUAUGGAUCAUUAUUUGGACACAAAACUGAUACAAUUGAAUCGACAAAAGGUCAAUCAGAAGAAAAUGGAUUUGGUAAUUUCUACAUUGGCAAAAAUCUUUAUCCAACUGAUUUGUCUGCAAAUUCAAAACCAGUUGUUCAUCAAACUUAUUUAACCAUCUCCGGAAGUACAAAAGCUGAAGGAAAUAAAGAUUUUGAUUUUGAUAAAUCGAUAUAUGCUGAUAUUCCAUUUGUCACAAAAUCUGAUGAGAAUCCAUUGACCAAAUCUUAUGGAUUUGUAAUUGAUCAUAAUUUGUAUAAUGAGGGUUAUUCUGGAACAAAUUCAAAAGGUUCUAGUCGUCGAACAGGUGUGGAUCUUAAACCAGUUUCUAUUUUUGAAUUGUAUGGUGUGGAUAAUGGAGGAAAAACAUGGAAUUCACGUAAUAUGAAUAAUAAUCAUAGAAACCGGGAACAUUCAACGAGUCCACAUAGAUUAAUUGAAAAUGACAGGUUCCGAAAGACUGCUCUUGCACCAGGCACUUCCGUUUCCAAAAAUACACCGGAACAAAGUUAUUCUCAUUAUAGCAGCUCAGGUGGCAAUGAUAGAACACGUGGAAAUAGUUUCCCUAAAACUUGUUAUCGAAAAAUACCAGGGAAAAAAGUUGCUGAAGUUCACAUAAGAAAUACAUUAGAAUGCGAGAGAUUGGAAGACUGUCGACAGGAGUGUGAAAUGCAAAAAACUGUUCUAUGUGAGGGUUUCAGUUAUAGACGAAUAAAUUCUGGAUCUCGAGGGAUUUGUGAAUUGGUAUCAAUGCCAUUUUCAAGAAUGGAUCUCAGCAAAGAUUUCACAACAGAUUCACAAUAUGAUUAUCAUGGAAGAGAUGCUUCUUGUUAUCGAAGAAUAACUGGUCACAGUUAUAAUAAUGAAAAUGAGUGGAGAUAUCCUGCAUCAAAGUCACCUUAUAGACCAUUGGGACUUACAGACGAGUCUUGGAGGACACGGCAAUUGGAUAGAGAAUUUUCUCCACGCUUCGGAGACCGGAUACCAGACGAUUUCUAUGGAAAGCCAAAAGAUUAUGAUCGACGUCCUGGAUAUGAAACACAUUAUGAUGAUGAUUCUCGUCAUAAUUUAAGACCUUAUGGUCAACAAAAUCAAAUAUUUUAUCGACGUGGCGGAGGUGGACGAAGAGGUCCAGAUUAUGGAGAUUAUGAAUAUCGAAAAUCAUAUCCCUCAAGAAUACACGACGAUGGACGAAAUUCUUUUAGAAUAAUGGACAUGGAUGAUUAUCCACAAUAUCCACCGAAAGUGAAUUAUUAUCCAAAAUAUCCACCUAUACGAGAUAGCCAUAGAUAUCCUGAUUCCAUGUCUGAUACAAAUCAAAUGGGACCACCGUUUAUAGUCGAUCAUCGAAAGGAUCCCAAUCACCAUUGGGGAUAUUCUGGUGGAACUUAUGGAAGUCAAUAUGGCUAUGAUACCAAUCAUGUAGCAAAUUACAAUCCUCCGAAAAUUGAUAAUAAUCAUCAUAAACAUCCACGACCAUUUAGCAAUAAUCACGUUUAUGGUCAAUUUUAUAACUAUGGUGGUGCUUUUGGUUACGGAGACAAUUAUAUUCCAAGGGAUAGAGACGUGACUUAUGGUGGAACCGGAUAUAUACGUGAUUGUUCCGUAAGAACCGGAGCUGGAUUUAAAAUUGAAAGGAGUCUUAUUCGUAGUACAUAUUUAGCUCAAAAUGUCGACGAUUGUGAAAAUUUGUGUCUUCAAGAAAAAACGAUAAUUUGCAAAACAUUUUCUUAUAGGUAUAAUGUAGAAUCUACAGAUCCGACGAAUAAUUGUCAUCUAAGUGGAAUUGCUUAUAAAGACCUAAAUUUUUAUGAUGACAUUGAACCAGAUCGAAAUUAUGAUAUCUAUGUAAUGUCAAAAGAUAGAAAAAAUUGUAUACCAGCUAAGCAAUCCUCACAACAGCCACCAGACGAAUGUUUUUGGAGAGUAAAGAGUGGUUUUGGAAUGCCAGAAGAUGUGAUAAAGGAUAAACUCACUGUUGCUGGUUUUGGAGAUUGUGAGGCAGAAUGUAUUAAAUCACAAGAGUUUACUUGUAGGAGCUUCGUAUUCAGACACAGUCAGGGAGAAUCUGAUGAUUCGAAAAAUUGUUUUUUGAGCAACUGGUCAACACAGGAAAUAAGUCCUGAAAAAUUGGUCGAUUUUGAUGGUGCCGAAUUAUAUGAAAGAGGUAGUUUUGGAAGAGGAUGCGAACCAUAUCCGUUAAAACCAACUUUACCACCCACGGACAGAGAAGUUCAAUACGAAGAAGAAGUGUGUUACAGUACCUUCCGAAGACCUUGUAGACUAUCUCCGUAUUCGAUAACAUUGUCAAUGCGUGUUGAUACUGAAUUAGAUUGUCGUAAAAGAUGUACAAAAAUGAGACACAGAGACGAUGUUCCUUGUUGGGCGUACAGUUACAAAAUCAGAGGAGAUAAAUCAGACAAUAAUUGCCUGCUGAGCGACAUUCCAAGCAGAGAUUUAAGACCAGGUGUAGAUUACGUCUAUGAUGACGAUCAUGUAUUAUUUGCAUGGAAGGAAUUAGAAUCAAGAUGUCAACAAAAAGAUGACUCAUAUCACAUCGUUGGACCAGCAUCAGAGCCAGGAAGACCACUUAAUUUUGCCGAUGUUACAAGACCAUCGGAUUACGAUGAUCGUCCUAAGCCACCUCCUGAUGGUGACAAUCCAGGAUAUCAUUAUCCUCCACCUGACAAAGGGAAACCAAGUUUUGAUUAUCCACCACCUGACAGUGACAAUCAAGGAUAUCAUUAUCCACCACCUAAUAAAGGAAAACCCAGUUUUGAUUAUCCUCCACCUGAUAAAGGAAAACCUGGAUUUGAUUAUCCACCAUCUGAUAAUGAUAGUCCAGGUUAUCAUUAUCCUCCUCCUGAUAAAGGAAAACCUGCAUUUUACUAUCCACCUCCUCCUAGUGAUCCUGAAUAUCAUUAUCCACCACCACCUCCUCUUCCCGAUAAAGGGAGACCGGGAUAUGAUUGUCCACCUCGUGAUAAUGAAAAUCCUAGAUAUUAUUAUCCACUUACUGAUAAAGGAAGACCGGGAUUUGAUUACAAACUUCUUCUUAGAAGACCAUCUCAAAUGGAAUAUGAUAGACCUGGUUCUGAUUAUCUACCUCAUGACAGUGGUAGACCUCCUUUACAUUUAUAUGGUAGACCUCCACCAGAUUUUCAACGUCCUGAUCCAAAUCGCCGACGACCUUAUUUCAAUGGUAAUAGAUAUCCACCACCCGAUGGUAAUCAUAUUCAUGAUGACUAUCCAGGAGUAAUACCACUUGAUUCUGAUAAAGGAAGUCUUGGUUCUCAUUAUAAUGGAGGAAUGUCUGAUGAUAAAAUGCAUUAUCCUGAUGGAGAUCAUGACAAUAGAUUAGGAGCAUUUAUUCCAAACGAUCAAACAAUAUUCCAACAUUAUACAGUGAAUGGAUAUCCAUGUAAACGAGGAACUAAAUGUGAAAGUAAUAAAAUUACUGGAUUCUGGUCUUGUGAAACGGAAGGAAGUGAAUUAGGUUCUUGGGACUACUGUUGUCAACCAAAGAGUCAUUGUGGCUAUUCAAAAGGCUUUGAUUAUCCUUGGUGUUACGUGGGACCAUCAGAAAAACAGUGGAGACCUUGUAGUGAAAAAUAUUUCCCUUAUCUACCGAGUUCGCGGCCAAUAAUUCAUCCACAACGAGGGCAUCAGGAAAUGGAACGUCGUAUCGAUGACGACGAUCUGGAUAAAAAUUUCCUAAGCAGACGUUGGCCCGUUGCUUAUCUACAUUGUGAACCACCACCAGGUGAAAAAAGUCCCGUGACGACAACAGAAAUUCAAAAAGUAACAAACAGUACAUCAAUAAGAAAUCGAAAAUGGAUUGCAAAAACAACUGAACCACCUGAAAAAGAAUUGAGAUUUAUUCAAGCCGUACCAUUAAUAGAUCCACCUGAGAAUAAUAAGGAAAUUGAAAAUACAAAUAAUAAUACACAAUUCAAUAAUUCCGAAUCAUUAUUGACAAGAUUUAGAACUGCAAAAGUUGAACGUAUUAAUAAUCCAUUCCAACAGAGCAAUUAAUCAAAAUUUUACAAUUUCUUGAUAUAAAAAUAGAAUAGUUUUUUUUAUCUAUUUUUUUUUCGUUAUUUUAAUAUCAACAGCAGAGAAUUUACGAUUUACAAAAUAAAAAAAAUAUAUAUAUAGAAUAUUUUAAUGUCAAAAAGAUAAUUUUGUAAUUUUUAAAAAUAAGCACUUUUCUAACAAAUAUUUGUAUAUAUACUUCUGUAAGAUUUUCCACGCCUGUUAUAUUUAAACUUACGAUUAUUAAGAACAGUAUUAAUGUUUAAUUAAUUUUACAUAUUCUAUAAAUAUAAAUAUA